AUGGCCAAGGGUAAGAACAAGAAGGCCACCACCAAGCGCGGCAACAAGAAGUCUACCAGAGACGAUGCGACACAUCCACCAGACCAAAUGCAGGUCAACGACAACAACGAGGAUGGACAACAGGUUUCCACUGAGCCAGAAAUCGAAGACGUCGAAAAAGCUGUUCAAGACAUGGACCUCACUCCUGACGAUCCGUUACGUUCAGGACCAAGUGAGGCUACAAACGAUCAACCGUUUCAGCCUCUCGAUGCGGCGCCAGAACUCACCACGGCCACGAGGUCGUCUAUCACAGGCUCGAACAACGAUCCAGCCAGUUGGAAUCUUGAUGAACGCAAGAAGUUCGAGGAGUACACAAAUGCCUUGUCACCCGCUGCAGUAGACGCCAUGCCCAUCAUGCCGCGACGUGAGUUCGGCCGAUCGAAGCAAGGGUUCAAAGUCCUCACGAACUAUGUCACAAUGGACGUUGCUGCUCCAAGUGACGGAUGCCUCUUUCUGUAUGAAAUCGACUUCUUGGUCGAUGAGAAAGAAACCAAAGAAGACGACAUGACGAAGCGUAAGAAGCGCGUUCUGAUCGAGCGAAUGAUCCACAAGAGCUCACUCCUAGACGACCAGAACAACUGCUUCGUUACCGACUACAAGAAGCAGAUCAUAUCAUGGAUCGAUCUUUCAAAAAAGGAUGAGCAGGGACGUGUCAAUCCCGGCAUGCCGUUGGUCAAGGUCGAUGUGGAAAACUUCAACCCGAAGAAGCCUGACGAGCCACCGACAACAGUGACCAUGGUCCUUCGAUAUGUCAGAACAAUGCCACAUGAGGAUUUAGAGUCCUUCACCUGGGGUGAGAAGCACGACUUUAGCGACACCGAUGGGCUCGAACAGGCCAUCAAUCUCAUCAUCAGUGACGAACUGCAAGAGAGAUCGCGGGAAAGCAUUGUCAUGCCAAGAAGCAACAAGAUAUACACGAAGAAGGAAUGUUUCGAUCUCGAAACAGAUCACAAACUUGCGAUGAACGGCUUCAGUUUCGGCUACCAAAGUGGCAUGAGUUCCCAUCUGCUCAACAUCACUCCCGUCACGAGCUUCAUCCAUGAGUCCAUCACCGUCAGCAAGUACAUCGAUGGUCGACCCGAUCUCAUGAAGCACCUGCUUGGCGUUCGUGUCUGGCUCAGCCUCUCUCGGAAAGAGCAAGACGAGGCUCUUGAUGAGCCAGGACGCCGUGUCAAGACCAUUCGCGGCUUCGGCGAAGUGGAGGCAUCACUGACUCACGCUUACAAAGAUCAGGAUGGUGAGUAUACAGUAUGGGACCACUUCCAGUACUUCUACGCCGAGACAAAAGGCUCAGAGAAAUCUGUCUGUGUCAAUCUUGGAGGCGAUGCACCACACGGACGUUGGUAUCUGGCCGAAGACCUGCAAAUACUUCCUUACCAGCUCUAUCGUGGAGAAGCUACACCUAACAUGACCACCAAGAUGAUCAGACAUGCUUGUCGCACGCCAAAGGAGAAUGUCAAUGCGAUCGUCUCUGGAUUCUUGCCAUACCUUGGCCUCAACAACGCGAAAAGAGGAUCAUCUUUACCCCUGCAAUAUGCAGGCUUGACGGUCUACCCCGAAAUUCUGAGCGUGCCGGCUCGCAAUGCCGCACAUAGCGAAGUGAAGUACGGCAGACCUCCAGCUGAUACAAACGCGCCAUUCGUUAUGAACACUCAGCACUACGGUAUGUGGAAGCUCGAAAAGCAGCCGUUUCUGAAUACGACCAACACCUUUGCCUCCAACGCAUACUUUCUGAUCUCCUCCCGAUGCAAGUUGACCACGGACGAGCAGUCCAAGUACCUCAAGCAUUUCCACGACCAUUAUCACGUCAAUGGCGUCAGUGGUCUUGGCGCCUUCUCUGGUCUGGACCACAAUAACCACACGAUGGUCGACAAAUUCGACGUGAGAUCCAUGAGAAAAGCCGCACAAACGGCACAGGAGAGUAAGGCCGAUCUGGUUGUCUUUAUCCUGCCUCUCAACAACAAGUCUGAGCUGAAAAACUAUGCUAACUUCAAGUCUAUUGUCGACCAAGAGCUCGGCAUGAAGUCACUCUGUCUCUGUGAAGACAAUAUCAAGAACUGUUUCAAGGAGAGGAUGGGAAACGACAGAGUGUUCAUGGGUAUCCCACCCGACGUUGUAGCAGGUCAUCCAUUUGCUGGCUACGUGCGUAACGUCGCCAUGAAGCUGAACGUCCGUCUGGGCAACAGCAACCACUCAGUAGCUGCAGAAUCGCUCGAAGCCGCCAUACCUGACUUCGCUAUUGCUGCUAACAAGGACGUUAUGGUACUUGGAGCUGAUGUUGUUCAUCCAGGAGUCGGCUCUGUCGAAGGGACACCGUCUAUUGCGGCCCUGGUCGGCAGCAUCGACGAAGACUUUGCUGCAUAUCGCGGCUCCGCCAGAUGCCAGACAGGUCGACAAGAGCUGAUCACAGGAAUGUACGACAUGGCAUACGAGCGCAUCGAAUCUUACGAGAAGGCCAACGAGGGACGACUCCCUUCCCGCAUCCUAUACUACCGCGAUGGGAUCGAUGAAGGUCAGUACACCAAGGUGCGCAUGAUGGAGGUCGAUGCUAUCCGAAAAGCUUGGGCAGCGCGAGCCAAGAUGAAGGGUGUCGACGGGGACGUCAAGAUCACCGCAGUUGUGGUCACCAAGCGCCACCACACACGCUUCUACCCCCACAACAACUCACACGAGAUCCCUCUCAAUGGCAACUGUGUGCCCGGUACUGUCGUCGACAGCGGCGUCACCAUGCCCUACAACUUCGACUUCUUCUUGCUAUCCCACAACGCCAUCAAGGGCACCGCACGACCAGCGCACUACAUCGUGCUCGAGGAUGAGAUCGGCUUUGGCGCGUUACAGAUCCAAAACCUCACGAACCUGUUGUGUGCGACUUAUGCGAGAUCUACUACUACGGUGUCGUAUGUACCCGCAGCGUACUACGCUGAUCACUUGUGCGAGCGGGUAAAGCAGUACUUGCGGCCGCUGUACGACGGGGUCCCGCCGCGGAAUGGUAAUGUUGAUGCGGAAGUGAGGGCGAUGUGGGGACGUGGUCCGAGACAAAAUGGAAAUCCUUGGAAUCUGGCGCUGGAUGAGACGAUGUUCUGGAUCUGA